CCCCCCGAGCCCGCCCCGCUGGCUCCCGCCGCUUCCCUUCCCUCGACGCUUCCCUCCGCCCGGCGGAGGCUGGCAAGGGAAUGACGUCACCGGAUCAGGCUGACCGGCAAUGGGCGCCAUUUUGAAACCCCCAAAGCUCCGGCGGCGUCAGCGCUGGCGGUGGCGGCCGCCACAGCAGGAGGAGCAGGAGCAGCAGCGGCAACAGCGGCGUUCGUAGCGGCUCUCCUCCCGCCCCGGCCGCUUCUUGUGCUUCGCGGGCUUUUUGCAGCCCACUCUCUUCGCCCGGCGCACACUGCACGACAUGGCAGCAGGGGUGGCCGGCGGCGGAGGCGGCGGCAGUAACGAUUUCCAGUGGUGCUUCUCCCAGGUGAAGGGGGCGAUCGACGAGGACGUGGCGGAAGCCGACAUUAUCUCAACAGUUGAAUUUAAUUACUCUGGAGACCUUCUUGCAACAGGAGACAAAGGUGGCAGAGUGGUUAUUUUUCAAAGGGAACCAGAGAAUAAAAGCCGUCCCCAUUCAAGGGGGGAAUACAAUGUUUACAGUACCUUUCAAAGUCAUGAGCCUGAAUUUGACUACUUGAAAAGUCUAGAAAUUGAGGAAAAAAUUAAUAAAAUUAGGUGGUUGCCACAACAGAAUGCUGCUCACUUCUUAUUAUCUACAAAUGAUAAAACUAUUAAAUUAUGGAAAAUCAGUGAAAGGGAUAAAAGAGCUGAAGGUUAUAAUUUAAAAGAUGAAGAUGGAAGACUCCGAGAUCCAUUUAGAAUCACAGCACUCCGGGUGCCAAUACUGAAACCUAUGGACCUAAUGGUAGAAGCAAGUCCCCGAAGGAUAUUUGCAAAUGCACACACGUAUCACAUAAACUCUAUUUCAGUAAACAGUGAUCAUGAAACAUACCUUUCUGCAGAUGAUCUAAGAAUCAACCUGUGGCAUUUAGAAAUCACAGAUAGAAGUUUCAACAUUGUAGAUAUAAAGCCUGCUAACAUGGAGGAACUGACAGAGGUGAUAACUGCAGCAGAAUUCCACCCUCAUCAUUGUAAUGUGUUUGUGUACAGCAGUAGCAAAGGAACUAUACGUCUUUGUGAUAUGCGUUCUUCAGCCCUUUGUGAUAGACACUCAAAAUUCUUUGAAGAGCCUGAAGAUCCAAGCAGCAGAUCAUUCUUUUCAGAAAUAAUUUCCUCUAUAUCAGAUGUAAAAUUCAGUCACAGUGGUCGAUACAUGAUGACCAGAGAUUACCUUUCAGUUAAAGUUUGGGAUCUCAAUAUGGAAAACAGGCCUGUAGAAACCUAUCAGGUGCAUGAAUACCUUCGAAGCAAACUUUGCUCACUCUAUGAGAAUGACUGCAUCUUUGACAAGUUUGAAUGCUGCUGGAAUGGCUCUGAUAGUGCCAUUAUGACUGGUUCAUACAACAACUUCUUUAGGAUGUUUGAUCGAAACACACGGCGAGAUAUUACCUUAGAGGCAUCAAGAGAAAGUAGCAAACCUCGUGCUAUCUUAAAGCCUCGGAAAGUGUGUACAGGUGGCAAGAGAAAGAAAGAUGAAAUAAGUGUUGACAGUCUGGACUUCAAUAAGAAGAUCCUUCAUACAGCAUGGCACCCUGCAGAAAAUAUCAUUGCUGUAGCUGCCACCAAUAACUUGUAUAUAUUUCAGGACAAAAUUAAUUAAAGACGGCGUAUUUGAGGACAAAGUUGUCGUCUUGCAUAGUUCAGCUCAAUUGUUUAUCUGUCAGAGAUGGCCUUGUUGUCCUCCCAGUAAAGAACAUUGAUGCACUUAUUUCCCUUUAUAGGUAAAGGAGAGAAGCUGGCCUGGACUUGAGUUCAUGGUGUAUUUCUGUCUUCAGUGAGGGGAACAUGGAAUUGAAUUUUUGUAAACAAAAAAGCCCACUGGUAGCAGAAUUGAUGGACAAUACUCAAUAAAGGCCAAUAUUCAAAAAAUGUAUUUAUUUAAGUCUGAGCCUUCCUUUCCAGUUGAUAGACCAAAAAUCUAACACCCAAGAAACAAAUUGUCAUAAAAAAUGUAAUUUCUAUCUCACGUACUCUUUAUCUGCUGUAAUAUUUGGGCCUUUCAAAACAUAUAUUUGUGCUUUAUGCCUGUAAACAUUCUUUCUCUGGCCUUCAUCUAAGCUUUAGGUGUUUCUACCUUUGAGCAUAUAGGUAAGUCUAGAGUUGGGUGCAUAGACAGGUUUUUCAUGUGUAUUUACUCACCAACUGUAUAACCACACCUUCUGGUGUAAACCACUUAAUAAAACUAACAAACUAUAAAAAGUGUUUUUAAAUCUGAAAGUAUGUAUUCAGUCUUUUUAUUGCAUGUAUUGAGAUUGUGCAAAAUAACUGGUGGAAAGAUUUGAAAAUAGUUUGUCCCGAAAAGAUUGAUUUUGAUAGUACAGUUUCAUGUAAUAUUUACUGCUUCAAACUCUAAACAGAAUUUUUUCUCCAAUUGUCUUUACCUUAGCUUCUGUUCGUUUUCUGUGUUUUAAAAAAAUGAAGAAAGAGAAAGACAACAUCAACUGGUGUGCACAAAAGAAGAAAUGUAAAAUACUGAGUUACAGAUCAUACAGAGCCUUAAAGGAACACAACGAAUAGUCUCAUACAUCUAACCCUUCAACAAAUCACUGCUCUGGUUAAUAGUAAAAAUGCCUCACAUGUGAGACACCUAAAUGUGCAUUACUUUUUUGCCUUUUUGUUCUUUAGUUUCAAAAAUCUUUUUUAAAAAAACUACAACGGGGCAUAAACAUCUGUAUUGAAAACUUUCCACAGCAAUUCAUGCUUGUACUUUUUUAAACUUGACUAUGCCAAACAGGAGCACAACGUAAAACAUAUUUUAAUUCCUCUGUAUCUUAAUACCACAAGAUCAGGCUGUCUUGGGGGUCAAAUGCUCAUGUGAAAAAACAUUUUUAAAAUACUAAAUUUCAAUUAGCUACAGAGGCUAAGGAAAAGUUGAUCCUUGGGGAUGUUUCCUAGAAGAGAAAUUAUAAACUCCAAAUGUUUCACUGUAAACACUUGUGGGAGUGAACUUGGACACGAGUAGUAGCGGGCACACUUCUGAUAGCACGUUUCCUUUAUUUCCGCCAAACCACCUACUAAAUGUGCCUACAAAAUCCUCUUUAAAAUUCAGACCCUUUUAGUUCCCUACAUAAAAUACAGAUGUAUGAUUCACACUCCAGUUUUUAUUAAAUGAAGGUUUAAUAUGAUUACUGAAGUUAGAUAUGAAUAUGCAAGAGCAACAUGUCUCUGUUCCUAUCCUGUCAAUUAAUGUCCAUAGAGUGCCACUCUUGUUUGCAAUCUAAUGAAUAUUAAUUUCGGGGCUCUGAAGAUAAAGAUUAAAUAGAAACAGUAUACUGUAUAUCAGUUGUGACACUAUUUGCAAAUCUUGAAAUGUGGAACAGAUAGGUCAUUUAACCGUUAGAUUGACUUUGUUCCUAAAACCUAUGCGAGAGUUAAUACAAUGGGAUUGUACAUAAUUGUUCGAUUAUUUUGACCAAAAAGUUUAAUAAAUUUUAAAUGUUUACCUGAA